AUGUCUAAGAUGGUUGACAAAAAGUUAUUGGAAUUAACUGGGAAAAUAAAAGCAUCGAACUUUGCGAUCAAAAUGUCUGACGAAGUUAUUGAUUCUACUAAAACCGAGGUUUUAACGCGACAAAUUAGUUCAAUAACCAACCGAAUUCAAGCAAUAUAUGCCUUAAAGGAGGAAAUAGAGGAGAUCAAAUUUACUGACAACGAUUCUGAGGAAAAUAUACGAAACUGGGCUGAGGAAAUCGAGUCGAAAAUUAGCGAAGCAGAUAACAAAGUAAGUGAAAUACGAGAACGUUUGAAUGAGAUUAAAGAAACAGAGAGAGCAGCAGCCGAAGAAACCGAACGCGUUGCCGUAGAUAUCAAAAGACAAAAACAACUUGAAUUCGAGAAACAAAAGUUCGAGCUAGAACAAGCAGCGAAGGAUGAAGAACGAAAGCGGGAAUUGAAGCACAAAACUGAACUGUUGAAUAAACAAUUGGAAUAUCAAAAAUCAAUCGAGACAUCAGCGAAAGAACAAGAAAAAUCAACGUCUAUUAAAUUACCCAAAUUACCCGUGACAAAAUUUAAUGGAAACUUUGAAAAUUGGCUCCCG